GCCAUCUUGCAUUUCGUCAAACGUCACCCUUUCCUUUGGUGAGCAAGGUGUGUUCACGUGAGGUUGUGUGUUCCCUUCUAUAGUAGGUCACACAAUCCUCAGAAUUUCGUGAAAUAUUCUUGUAAAAUAAAAAAAAAAUCAAAAAAAUUCAUAAAAUCCAAAAAAAUAGUAAAAUAACAAAAAUUUAACGGGAAUCACUUGAUUUUAAGUUAGUGUACGUAAGCGUGCAACGUGGUCUGAGGAAUGCGAUAGUCAUUAUAAAGAGAAAGUGAAGUUGGUCUUUGCCUACAUUAAGUUAAUGUCGACGUAAACCACUGCAGUGAAAUUUUCAAAAUGAAUCCUGGUCCACCUAAUUACCCUAUGGCAUCUUUGUAUGUCGGGGAUUUACACUCCGAUAUUACUGAGGCCAUGUUGUUCGAGAAAUUUUCAACCGCUGGUCCGGUUCUUUCAAUACGCGUUUGUCGCGACAUGAUAACUCGUAGAUCCCUCGGCUAUGCGUAUGUGAACUUUCAGCAGCCUGCAGAUGCUGAAAGAGCUUUGGACACUAUGAACUUUGAUAUGAUCAAAGGAAGACCGAUUAGAAUCAUGUGGUCCCAACGAGACCCAUCUCUUCGCAAAUCAGGCGUUGGGAAUGUUUUUAUUAAGAAUCUUGACAAAACCAUUGACAACAAGGCUAUGUAUGACACCUUUUCUGCCUUUGGUAAUAUUUUAAGCUGUAAAGUUGCUCAAGAUGAAACUGGAGCCUCUAAAGGAUAUGGCUUCGUUCAUUUUGAAACCGAAGAAGCAGCUAACAAAUCCAUCGAAAAAGUUAAUGGAAUGCUUUUAAAUGGCAAGAAAGUUUACGUUGGUAGAUUUAUCCCACGUAAAGAACGUGAAAAGGAACUCGGCGAAAAAGCUAAAUUAUUCACCAAUGUCUACGUCAAAAACUUUGGAGAAGAUUUUAGUGAUGAAAUGCUUAAAGAUAUGUUUGAAAAAUACGGCCGUAUUACAAGCCAUAAAGUUAUGUAUAAGGACGAUGGAUCCUCAAGAGGUUUCGGGUUUGUGGCCUUUGAAGAUCCAGAUGCUGCCGAAAGGGCCUGCAUGGAGUUAAACGGGAAAGAACUUGUGGAGGGAAAACCUCUUUAUGUUGGUCGUGCUCAAAAGAAAGCCGAGCGUCAAAAAGAACUUAAGCGGAAGUUCGAGCAGUUGAAAUCUGAACGACUGACACGUUAUCAAGGUGUAAACUUGUAUGUCAAAAAUCUUGAUGAUACUAUUGAUGAUGAACGUCUACGCAAAGAAUUCACUCCUUUCGGAACUAUUACUUCAGCUAAGGUGAUGUUGGAGGAUGGCCGAAGCAAAGGUUUCGGGUUUGUAUGUUUUUCUUCUCCGGAAGAAGCUACCAAAGCUGUAACAGAAAUGAAUGGUCGUAUUGUUGGAACCAAACCUCUGUAUGUAGCUUUGGCUCAACGUAAAGAAGAUCGGAAGGCUCAUUUGACUUCGCAAUAUAUGCAAAGAAUGGCGAGCAUGCGUAUGCAGCAGAUGGGUCAAAUAUUCCAACCAGGUGGCGCUGGUGGUUAUUUUGUCCCUACUAUUCCACCCGCGCAAAGGUUCUACGGACCAGCGCAAAUGACCCAGAUUAGACCAUCGCCACGUUGGACUGCACAACCGCCAGUUCGUCCUAGCACCCAGACAGCUGCUUCGGGUUAUCCUAACAUGCAGGCACCUUUCCGUCCGACACCUAGAGCUCCUACUCAAGCUGCUCUGCGGUCGUCUUUGGGAGCAAGAGCUAUAACAGGUCAGCAAGGCGUUGCUACCGCAGCCUCCAUUCGGGCACCUCUGGUCACCCAGAGUGGCAGGCCUGCCGGUUACAAGUACACAGCUAACAUGCGUAAUCCACCAGCUCCACAACCAGCAGUUCACAUCCAAGGCCAAGAACCGUUAACAUCAACCAUGUUAGCAGCCGCUCCCCUUCAAGAACAAAAACAAAUGCUUGGAGAGCGUUUGUUCCCCUUGAUUCAACGAAUGCAUCCUGAUCUAGCUGGAAAAAUUACAGGAAUGCUUCUCGAAAUCGACAAUUCUGAACUUCUUCAUAUGUUGGAACAUGGAGAAUCACUCAAAGCUAAAGUAGAUGAAGCUGUUGCUGUAUUACAAGCUCACCAGGCUAAACAGCAAGCUACGAAAAAGGAGUAAAUUACAUAACAGCAGUGGCCAAAUUUAAUUAACAAGAACGCAUAUAAACAUACUUGUUAAUUUACUGUAAUGCUUUGAACAUCUUACAUUAUUAUCCCGCUCAUAAAAAAUAUAAAAAUAAAAAUUGAAAAAAAAGAUACAAAAUGUGGAUUGCACUCUUUCCAAAUAAUUAUAAAAUAAAGUUAUUAUACUUAUUGUCAUUUGAGUGCAAAUCUGCAAACAAAAAUAAGAAACUGUCAACAUUUCUAUAUUUGAGAGAGUAUUCUAAACUCAUAGACUUUUUACAUUAACUGAGAAGUUUGUUUUAAGUUUUUUUUCUUUAGCUUUUUAUUUCUUUUGUAUCUCAAGAAGGAGAGUUAAUUGGCUUAUGUUCUUUCAAUUUCAUUCUUAUCUUAUUCUUUUAAUCAGAUUUACAUUGAUACCAUGGAUUGUAAACUUGGUCUCUUAUGUAACUGGUUCAAUAUUCCUUUAUGAUUUGUUACAUAUAUUCUGUAAAAGCACAUUA